GGUCUCAUGAGUUUUCUCAAUUCCGCUAGUUGGGAACUAGGCUAUUAUGCGUUAGCCGAUUUACUUUCAUUUUCAUAUUUGCAACUACCAAAAAAAUGGAGACCGGACUACAAGAGAGGGCAGAAUUGUUUUUGCUGACUGAAGACAGUUUUAGGAUUAAUGCCUACAAUAUCAUCUGUGAAAUGGACAAACUACACGGACCUAAGGAAUAUGUGGAUGAGAUGCUCCACAGCAUCUUCUUCUUAGGCUGGAUUCAUUCCCCCAAAUACACCCCCGAGAUGAUCCUUGGUGACCAUUUAUCUACGAUGAUAAAGAUAUUCCCACAACCGUUUGAGAGUUACACAAGGAAACUACCAAAACGGACUCCGUUCUCCUGUGUGCUGGAUAUGGUGGUCUCCAUGUUUGGACCAGACAAUGAGUUGGAAAUAUGGCGGAAACUGCGGGAUAUCGCCAAUGUCAUGUCAGGGAAACACCGGUUCACCUCCUCUACCAUCUGCAUCUCUGAAAGUGGAGGGAGGUACUAUGGAGCGUCCAUGUCCUGCACGGGGAAGAAAGAGGGACAGAUUAUGAUCGCUGUGUCCUGUCUGUGUACCUGGCACUACAGUGUAUCCAAUGCCGUGAUGUCAUACAAGCCAGAUAAGAACAAGAGAAAGAACUUUGAUGGCACCAUGAAACUACAAGAGUUUGUAAAGUGCCAGGCUUCCAAUGUGAAGAGUGGGAAGAUGUCUCCUUGCAGGUCCUGUGGUCAUCUUUUUGAUCUGGAGGAACCAAGCAAUCAGAUGUGGCCCUAUGGGAACUGCGCAGAGGCAGAGAGCUUGAGCAAACUGCUCUAUGGAGAGGAAGAGAUUGUUAAGAUAGUAGUACCAUCAGUUGAUUGCAAAAUGCGAGAGCAAGUGGUGAACGAGGUAAAGGCUCACCUGGAAGAGAAGCUCCAAGAGUCAGAAUUUCAAUGGGAUUCUUCCUAUUACAUUCCACAGUAGAUUGUCAGAGAAACGCAUGUGCGCACACGCACACACACACUAAGUUUACAGAUAUACAGAUGCACAUUCCUACUGCAACACACUGAGAUCCAAAACAUGAAACAUAUAAUCAUAGCUUGGUGCGGGGCUAGCAACAUGUGAUUUGUGUCUGACAGCUAGCAUUGAAACAUUGCCAAAGCAGUGAACCACUCUGUGCAUGUAGUAUACAGUAUAACUGCUAGGCUAUAGCUAUCGGCUCUUAUCAAUGACAUCUGUGAAGUAGAUGGUUCUUUUAGUGGGGGACUUUGAGAACUUACAGUCAACAAAAUGAAAGUUAGAUAGUCAGGCCCCCAUUGAUCUUGUUAUAAUGUUUUAGCAUAAGAAUACAGCUUUAGCCUUGUAAAAUGCAGGUAUUUGCAGGGAAUGUGCUUAAAAAGACAAAAAAAUUGCUCUCAGUUCCAUGGCAAAAUGUAUAGAAUGGCAGGAAAUUAGCUUUAAAAUAAAAUGUUCUCUACACCAACCCAUAUGGUGGGUUGUGACUCAAAAGACACCUCCAUUUGUGUUUCACAAAGCCAAACAGUUUGGAAAUCCCUGGUUGGAAACCUCGAUGGAGAUACUCUAUUAUUCAUCAUUUGUCUGCUGUAUUUAAUUGAAUAUUCUAGACAAAGAAUUUGACAUUAAACAUGUAUUAUUUUAAAUUGAUUUUAAACUUUACUUCUACUGUAAGCAUUGAUGCACAUCUUACUCAUCUGUAACAAAUUACUAAUACUUUAACCGUUGGUGUGAAUUAAUGUCUGGGUUGACUAAUAUGUGAGGAAUUAAUAUAAUAAAGGAGACUAUGAUAAAGGA